AUGGUCGAGCUCAGGGGCAGCGCCCUCAUCGCUGUCAUCUUGACGGUUAGUGGGCUGGACUUCUUGUUGUUUGGAUAUGAUCAGGGAUUGUUCGGAGGGAUUCUGGCUGGGGAUGGGUUCAACGAGAUGCUCGGCAACCCAUCGCCAACAUUGACUGGUCUGGUCACGGCAAUCUACGACAUUGGGUGUGCUCUGGGUGCCGUUGCAGCUUUCUUGUUUGGCGAGAGGAUUGGACGGAAGAGGUCCAUUAUCCUGGCCAACAUCAUCGUUAUUGUUGGGGCGGCGGUUCAGACGGCUUGCUAUUCUUAUGGACAGAUGAUCGCUGCGCGUAUCAUCGCAGGCAUUGGCGUGGGGUUCUCUACCGUUGCCGUGCCCAUUCUGCAGACCGAGACCCUCCCUGCUCACAACCGCGGAGCCAUGCUGGUGGUACAAUCCGGCCUGAUCAUCAUCGGCGUCGCCAUCGCUUCCUGGCUCUGCUUCGGCUGCCUCUACUCUGACACCAGCAUGCAAUGGCGCUUCCCAAUCGCCUGCCAGAUCCUCUUCUCCGGCCUCUGCCUCUGCUUCUGCCCCUUCAUCUGCGAAACACCCCGCUGGCUCGCCAAACACGGCCGCCACGACGAAGCACGCCACGUCAUCGCCCGCCUUCUCAACAAGAACGACAACGACCCCGAAGUCAAAGGCCAGCUCAACGAGAUCCUGGACGUCAUCAACACUGAAUCCGAAAUGGGCGAGCCCACCUGGAGCGAAGUCUUCAGCAACAACAACAAGACUCGCAACCUCCAGCGUGUGUUGCUCGGCAUGGGCCCUUUCAUGAUGAACCAAUGGAGCGGCAUUAAUGUACUGUGCUACUACCUCGCGUACAUCCUGGAGAACUACCUCCACUUCACCACCGAGAUGUCGCUCAUCCUCGCCUCCGUGGCCUUCACCCAGUACGCCAUCUUCUCCUGGCCCCCGUUCUUCUACAUGGAUCGAAUUGGAAGACGCUGGACGGUCAUCUUCUCCUCCGCCGGCUGCGCGGCGUGCAUGUUCAUCAUCGCCGGCUGUCUACUCAGCACGAGCUACGCCUGCGCAGCUGCCGCGACGGCGUUCAUGUUCCUUUACAUGGACUGCUUCACCAUGGGCAUCUUGCCGGUGUCGUGGAGCUACGCCGCCGAGACGCAGCCCUUGAGAGUUCGGAACAAGGCCAUGUCUGUUGGUGUGUUCUCGCACUGGCUGUCCAACUUCGUCGUGGUGAUGGUGACGCCCAUUGGACUCGACAACAUUCGAGGCAACUUCUUCUGGAUCUGGGGCAUUAUUUGCUUUUGUUUCAUCCCCCUCACUUGGUUCUUUGGUGUCGAGACUUCCGGCCGCACCCUCGAGCAGGUCGACCGCAUGUUCUUCGACGAACCGAGAAUCUGCAUGGGUUUGAACCCCAACCAUCGCCAAGUUGUCAAGUACUCUCGUGAGGACGAGGAGAAUCGGUACGCCGCUUUCGCGGAUUUGGAUGGGAAGAGAGGGAGCAUUGCGGAGAUUGAACGGAGGGGAAGUGUUGGGUCGUCGGAGAAGGUUUGA